AUGCGGCACUGCACCGCUCCUUCUACGUUCCAUCAACCUAAGACCUACACUGGUGCCUAGAAAGGUGCGUGUGAGGCAUGAUGAAUGUAUGAAAUGGCGAUAUGCUGCGUGUGAGAUGCGUAUGCCUCUUCCUCAAUCCCUUCCAUUAGGUGUUCCGAGUUCUGCAGAUCAGGUGAAGGUGGUGUUCAACUGGCAAUGAACAAUCCCCCAAGCUCAGCGUCCGAAUACUGCCCUUUACCAAUCAACAUCAGCGGCAUAACCUACACCCCGCAGUUUGGCAUAUGAUGAAUGGGUCAACCGCGUCAGGACAUCGCUUUUCUGCGUACGAUCAUGCGGACAUUACGCAGCGCAACCAGAACAACUCGCCUCUGUUGCGCCUACCAGCCGAGCUUCGUAAUCGCAUCUAUGAGUUCGCUUUCGAUGCAGCCACACUAAGGCGCGACUUGAGCCCCACCUCAGCUGGACGAUACUUUGUCGUACCCGACACUCCACGCUUGACCUUGGUCUGUCGACAGAUCCACUUCGAGACCCGUCCUUUCCGGGGCAAUCGCACGUAUCGCCGGCUCACCGUCAGAAUGGAAGGCCGUCACAUUGCAGAUCUCGUCGACUGGGUCGGGCAAGCUCAGUGCGCUCAGAUCAUACAGAUUGACAUGUUCCAGUCGCUAGCUGGAGCCAUCCGUCCGCGAGUCAAAGAGGCGUCGCCUCAGGGACAAUAUAACGGAUUGUGGGAUGCCAGCGGAGAACAGAUCUUCUCGUCGCUCAAGCGCGUUGUGGUUACGUAUCCAAUCACUCUCGCCGACGAUGCGGUGGAGAUUGGCGAAUCGCUGCAGACGCUUUUUGGGAACCCGGAUCUUGAUGUGCAGUUUCGGGGGGCAAG